UGCAGGAGCUUGAAGAAAUCCGCAAAUGUGGAAUGAAAAACUUCCGUAAUAUCCAGGUUGAUGAAGCUAAUUUAUUGACCUGGCAAGGGCUUAUUGUUCCUGACAAUCCUCCAUAUGACAAAGGAGCCUUCAGAAUCGAAAUCAACUUUCCAGCAGAAUAUCCAUUCAAACCUCCGAAGAUUACAUUUAAAACAAAGAUCUAUCACCCUAAUAUUGAUGAAAAGGGGCAGGUCUGUCUGCCAGUAAUUAGUGCUGAAAACUGGAAGCCAGCAACCAAAACUGACCAAGUAAUCCAGUCCCUCAUAGCACUGGUGAAUGAUCCCCAGCCCGAACACCCCCUUCGGGCUGACCUAGCUGAAGAAUACUCUAAGGACCGUAAAAAAUUCUGUAAGAAUGCUGAAGAGUUUACAAAGAAAUAUGGUGAAAAGCGACCAGUGGACUAAAAUCUGACACAGUUGAUGUCAGCAACGUAUGAUAGAAGAUCGGAGCAGUGCAUUUGAGACACCCCGUAAAGCAGGACUCUAUGGAAAAUUGACAAGUGCCACCUCUCGGUGUUAACUUGUGGCUGUUACUAACUUUCUACAGUUUUCUUAAUCAAAAGUGGGCUAGGUAACCUGUAAAGAAAGGAUUAAAAAUUUAAGAUGUUCUAGUUCUGCUUUCUUUGUUUAAAAAUCACUGCUUCAAUAUACUUUAAAGUAUGCUGUUUUCUUUUUCUUGUCAGAAUUUAUCAAAAAUAUCUUAGACUUAUAUUCUGCCCUUAAAUUGAGAAGGUUAUGGCUGUCAUUUCUUAUUUCUCCUUUGCAGUUCCCACUAUCUUGAGUUCAUUUAAUUCUUCAUUGAAUUUUUUCCCCUCCCCAAACUGAUGUCUUAGAGAAAUUAUCCCAGUUCUGGCAGAAAAUGAUUGAGUGUUUGGCAGUUUUGUUUACUUUUCUCUUUUAAUGUUGCACUGUGCUUUGUGGGACUUGCAUUGCAAGCUCCCCUUAACUUCAGUUUGUAACAUAAUAAACAAAAACAGAUGAACCCCACAAAAAACAAUCAGAAAUAAUGUCCAGGUCUUAUGUAAAUCUGGCUGAUGUUACCACAAUAAUGUUUAUUAAACGGGGAAACCCAAGAUUUUGUGUGCGUGAUUGAAUUAAAAUACGGCUUAUGUCCUGCUUUUGGAAAACCUUGGGGAAAAAAAUCCAUAGCAAGUGAUAGUGGAAUGUGAUUGUGAACUUCCUUCACUCCUGUUUUUCGUACAUGUGCAGAGUAGCUAGGAAAAAUUGCACAGAACAUCAUUGCAACCAAGUUAUAAGAGUUUCAGAAAAUGGGGACCAAGAGGUGUCAAAGUAAUAAACUGGUCUUGGAGUU